UAAGCGGAAGUGCGGCGCGCCGGAGCUCCACUCACUCACUCACUCACUGCAUCUGAAUACACUUCACUUUCACAACAUUUUGGGUUUUCACACCAAGCUUCGCUUCUGACCGACGGAUGUUCGAAGCCUGUGUUAUGUUGCUGGACGAGACGCCGCUGUUUGACCCCUGCCUGCUCCAGGAGCUGGACUGGAGUAGCAGCAAGGUGUCUUUCUCGCCCCCCAUCUCGCCCCUGGAGCCCGGAGACGGCCUCGUCCUCCGUCCUCUCCGCCCUGCCGACUUAGACAGAGGACUGUAUAAGGUGCUGUCGCAGCUCACAGUGGCAGGAGACGUCACGAAAGAGCAGUUCAGAGCGAAUUUUGAACACAUGAAGAAAACGGGCGACUAUUACGUCAUCGUGGUCGAGGACACGAACGUGGGACAGAUUGUUGCCACGGCGACGCUCAUCGUGGAACACAAGUUCAUCCAUGCGUGCGCAAAGCGAGGGCGUGUCGAGGAGGUGGUGGUCAGCGACGUCUGCCGAGGAAAACAGUUGGGAAAACUACUCGUCGCGACGUUGACUCUGCUCAGCAAAAAACUGCAGUGCUACAAGAUCACGCUGGAGUGCGCGCAGAAGAACGUGGAGUUCUACAAGAAGCUGGGUUACACGCCUUCAGAGGAGACCUACAUGCAGUGUCGCUUCUUCGACUGAGUCCUCCAGGGACGUUACGGCGCGUACGGCUCGUGACGUCCGAGCUCACGGUGACCGGACGCUCGGUUUACCUUACUUCUGCGCCAGUUUCCUCUCAACAACGAGCAGAGACUUAUUAAAAAAACAAACAAACAAAAAAAAAACAAACAAAAACGCCAAAUCUAUAGCAUGAUGAAGGAUUGUGAAAGUAGAAUACCAGGCACUUAUACUCUCAGAAGGUCUCUUCAUUUGUUAGUCAUUUAUGCUGGAAGCUAUCUUUACGAAGAAGGUACUUGAAUAUUUUCUAAAAACAGAGGUCUACUUUUCUAUUCUAUAUGGUAAUUUAUAUUUUACGUAUAAUAAACGACCAAAAUAUUCUCCGAUGAGGAACGAAGAGCA